AUGGCUCCUCCGGCCAUCAGAGUACCCGCGAAAAACGAGGGCGGCGGGCCGACCGCCACCCUCGCUACUCCCACCGCAACCCAGUGGGCGACGACGACCCUCAAAGUCGGAGGCAUGACAUGUGGUGCAUGUACUUCCGCAGUCGAGUCGGGCUUUCGCGGUGUAGACGGGGUGGGAAGCAUCUCCGUCAGUCUGGUCAUGGAGCGCGCUGUCGUCAUGCAUAACCCCGAAGUCGUCUCUGCUGAGAAGAUUGCCGACAUUAUCGAAGACCGAGGCUUUGAUGCCGAGGUCUUGUCCACCGAUCUGCCCUCGCCCAUGUUCCCAACAAGCCAGGAUCUGUUUGACGCAGAGGAGGGUGCCGGAUUUAUGACAACAACCAUUGCAGUUGAAGGAAUGACAUGCGGCGCAUGCACAUCUGCUGUGGAAGGAGGCUUCAAAGACGUACCGGGUGUAAAGAACUUCAGCAUUUCUCUACUGUCUGAAAGAGCCGUUGUGGAGCAUGACCCGUCACUGCUCACGGCCGAACAGAUCGCGGAAAUCAUCGAGGAUCGAGGCUUUGGCGCCGAGAUCGUGGACAGCGAAUGCGCACAGCAGGAGAAGCCCAGAGCCAGCAGCAACCCCACGAGCUCCAUCGCCACCACAACAGUCGCCAUUGAGGGUAUGACAUGCGGCGCCUGUACCUCGGCCGUUGAGGGAGGCUUUAAGGAGGUCGAUGGUGUUGUCCGUUUCAACAUCAGUUUACUGGCUGAGCGCGCUGUCAUCACUCACGACACGACGAAGCUCCCCGCGGACAAGAUUGCCGAGAUUAUUGAGGACAGGGGCUUUGGCGCAGAGAUUCUAUCGACUGCGUUCGAAGCGUCUACACAGGGCAGUGGUGCCUCCUCUACCGCGCAGUUCAAGAUUUACGGAAACCCGGACGCCACUACGGCCAUGGCUCUGGAAGCAAAGCUUCUGACCAUUCCCGGCAUCAACUCCGCUAAACUCAGUUUGGCCACCUCCAGAUUGACCGUCGCCCACCAGCCCAGCCUCAUUGGCCUGCGAGGGAUCGUCGAGGCUGUCGAGGCGGAGGGUCUCAACGCGUUGGUGUCCGACAACGACGACAACAACGCUCAGCUUGAGUCACUCGCCAAGACCCGUGAAAUCAACGAGUGGCGGAGAGCGUUCAGACUGUCCCUGUCCUUCGCUAUUCCCGUCUUGUUCAUCAGCAUGAUUUUGCCCAUGUGCUUCCCGAGCUUAGACUUUGGCAGCUGGCGCCUGCUUCCCGGCAUUUAUCUUGGCGACGUCAUCUGCCUGGUUCUCACGAUACCCGUCCAAUUCGGUAUUGGAAGGCGGUUCUACAUUUCGGGUUGGAAAUCUAUCAAGCACGGGUCGCCCACCAUGGAUGUCCUCGUCAUCCUCGGCACUUCGUGUGCCUUCUUCUUCAGCAUCAUGGCCAUGCUGGUGUCCUUCUUCUUCCCGCCCCACAACAGGCCCGCCACUAUCUUCGACACCAGCACCAUGCUCAUUACUUUCGUCACUCUCGGCAGAUUCUUGGAGAACCGCGCCAAGGGUCAGACUUCCAGGGCUCUCUCACGUCUCAUGUCCCUUGCCCCGUCCAUGGCCACCAUCUACGCGGACCCCAUUGCCGCCGAAAAGGCUGCCGAGGGUUGGGAGAGCUCGACCGUGUCCGGCGAGGCCAAGACCCCCAGCCGCGACGGAAACGCAGCAGAGGAGAAGGUCAUCCCCACCGAGCUUCUACAAGUCGGAGAUGUUGUCAUUCUCCGCCCCGGAGACAAGAUUCCGGCCGACGGUAUGAUGGUCCGUGGCGAAACCUACGUGGACGAGAGUAUGGUGACUGGCGAAGCCAUGCCCGUCCAGAAGAAGAAGGGAAGCUAUCUCAUCGGCGGCACCGUCAACGGCCACGGGCGUGUCGACUUCCGCGUCACCAGAGCUGGCCGCGACACCCAACUCAGCCAGAUUGUCAAGCUCGUUCAGGACGCCCAGACUACGCGAGCCCCUAUUCAGCGCCUUGCUGACACGCUCGCCGGCUACUUCGUACCCGCCAUUCUCAUUCUCGGUUUCCUAACUUUCCUCGUCUGGAUGGUCCUCAGCCACGCACUCAAGAACCCGCCCAAGAUUUUUACUCAGGAGGCUAGCGGCGGUAAAAUCAUGGUGUGCGUCAAGCUGUGCAUCUCGGUCAUUGUCUUCGCCUGCCCUUGCGCUCUAGGUCUGGCGACCCCCACCGCCGUCAUGGUGGGCACUGGUAUCGGCGCUGAGAACGGAAUCUUGGUCAAGGGUGGAGCUGCUCUGGAGACGACCACCAGAAUCACCCAGAUUGUCCUCGACAAGACCGGCACCAUCACGUACGGCAAGAUGAGCGUGGCCAAGAUGAGCCUCGUCCCAGCCUGGCAGGACAGUGAGUGGCGUCGCCAGCUGUGGUGGCACAUCGUCGGUCUUGCCGAGAUGGGAAGCGAGCACCCGGUGGGCAGAGCCGUGCUCAGUGCCGCCAAAGUGGAGCUUGGCAUCGAAGAAGAGGCCACCAUCGAGGGCAGCGUCGGUGAGUUUAUGGCCGCCGUCGGCAAAGGUAUCAAUGCUCUCGUUGAGCCCGCAACGAGCAACGAGCGAACCCGCUACCGCGUCCUCCUCGGCCACGUUCGCUUCCUGCGUGAGAAUAAUGUCGACGUCCCCGCCGAAGCGGUCGAGGCUUCUGAGCAGCUCAAUGCCGAGGCCAACUCCAGCUCGAAGACCACCUCGACAGGCACCACCAAUAUCUUCGUCGCCGUUGACGGCCAAUACACCGGCCACCUCUGCCUCUCUGAUACUAUCAAGGAGGGCGCCGCCGCGGCUAUUGCCGUUCUUCACCGCUUGAAGAUCAAGACAGCCAUCGUCACUGGUGAUCAACGCUCUACCGCGGUUGCCGUGGCAGCCGCCGUCGGCAUCUCGCCUGACAACGUCUUCGCUGGCGUCUCGCCCGACCAGAAGCAGGCCAUCAUUCAACAGCUCCAGGACCAGGGCGAGGUUGUCGGUAUGGUGGGCGACGGCAUCAACGACUCGCCUGCUCUCGCGACAGCUGAUGUCGGUAUCGCGAUGGCUAGCGGCACGGAUGUCGCCAUGGAGGCGGCCGACGUUGUUCUCAUGCGUCCUACCGACCUCAUGGACAUCCCCGCUGCCCUCCAUCUCGCCCGCUCCAUCUUCAACCGCAUUAAGCUCAAUCUCGCCUGGGCCUGCCUCUACAAUGCCAUCGGCCUGCCAUUCGCCAUGGGCGUCUUCCUCCCCUUCGGCUUCCAUCUUCACCCCAUGGCUGCCGGCGCCGCCAUGGCCUGCAGCAGCGUCAGCGUCGUCGUCAGCAGUCUUCUGCUCAAGUUCUGGACCCGCCCGAGCUACAUGGUCGACCCCUCGACCCGUAACAAGAGCCGCGGCUUUGGCAUCCUUAGUAGGGUCAAGUCCGUCAUCCGUAGGCUCCGGGGCAAGCGGACACAGGAUCAGGGCUACGUCCCGCUCGCCAACAUGGCGGAUCGGGACGAGUAA